AUGGCACAUCCCCACCAACGGCUGCCACCAGUCACCCCGGCCCCCAGGGCUCCUGGGGGGGCACCCCAGGGCCUGGCUGCACCCCUUGCCCCUACAACCAUCCCUCACCCUUACCACCACCCCUCGCCCCUACAACCAUGCCUCACCCCUACCACCACCCCUUGCCCCUACAACCAUCCCUCACCCUUACCACCACCCCUCAUCCCUACCACCAUCCCUCACCCCUACAACCAUCCCUCACCCUUACCACCACCCCUCACCCCUACAACCACCCCUUACCCUUACCACCACCCCUCAGCCCUACCACCAUCCCUCAUCCCUACCACCACCCCUCACCCCUACACCAUCAUCCCUCACCCCUACACCAUCAUCCCUCACCCCUACAACCAUCAUCCCUCACCCCUACAACCAUCCCUCACGUCUACCAUCAUCCCUCACGUCUACCAUCAUCCCUCAACCUCUACCAUCAUCCCUCACCCCUACAACCACCCCUCACCCCUACAACCAUCCCUCACCCCUACAACCAUCCCUCACGUCUACCAUCAUCCCUCAACCUCUACCAUCAUCCCUCACCCCUACAACCACCCCUCACCCCUACAACCAUCCCUCACCCCUACAAGCCAGUGUGUUUGGGGUGACUGA